CUCAAAAAAAUUUGACUCCAUUUAAUAUAGAACUUUUUUUUUUUUUUAAUUUGAUUCACUGUUGAACUUCAGAAAAGCCCGCUCUCCCAAGUCUCAACUAUCUCCUUUUCUUCUCUUAACAGUUCAUGGCAAUUCUCCUAGUAAAAAUACUUCACUUUCCUUUCUAGUUAUCUCCUUUCUCUAAACUUUCUCCUUUUUUUUUUCUGGCAUGUUUCUCAAAAGAUGCAUUGUCCAACUCCCCUGCGGGUCGCCUUCGCUUAACUCAGUUUCCUUCCUUUCCUCUUACAACCAAACAACAGCCGUAGUACUAACCCCACAGGACACGGCUCAUCGUACUUCAUCUUUAAUCAACCAACCGAACUGGAAAACAAACUUAACCCUCAAAUCCUUAGUUUCCCACAUGAACCCCAACGUCGCUGCCCAGGUUAUCCUUCUCCAAAACAACAAUGUCUCACUUGCUUUCAAAUUUUUCCAGUGGGUUUGUCAACACUCCACUUAUUGCUACGAUACGACUAGUAGAAUCCACCUCUUAAAGUUGCUCGUAUCCUCCAAUUCAUUUCAAAUUGCUCAUAAGGCUAUAAUUGAACUAGUAAAAAAUUGUAGUAACAAUGAAGACGAUCUUUUGAAGCUAAUGGGAGCGCUUGAUGAGGUGAGGGAGACCGGCUUUCGCUUAAAUUACCCUUGUUUUAGCGUUCUUUUGGCGUCUUUAGCUAAGUUAAGUAUGGGGUUUUUAGCAUUUUUGGUUUAUAAAAGAAUGGUCGCUGAAGGCUUUGCUCUUAGUGCUAUUGAUUAUGGAACGAUGAUCAAUGCUUUAUCCAAAAUUGGUUUUGUGUGUCAAGCUGAAAUGUUCAUGUCCCAAGCUUUGAAGCUUGGGUUUGAAUUGGGUACUCAUAUUUGCACUUCUUUAGUCUUAGGUUAUUGUCGACAAAAUUAUCUCUGGGAAGCCUUCCGGGUGCUUGAUGUAAUGUCGAGGCCAGAUGGUUGUGGAGCGAAUUCAGUUACUUACUCUAUUUUAAUACAUGGUUUAUGCGAGAUUGGGAGAGUUGAAGAAGCAUUUGCUUUGAAAGAAGGGAUGAAAGAGAAUGGUUGCCAGCCGACUACUCGGACUUAUACUGUGUUAGUAAAGGCUUUAUGUGAUGAUGGAUUGAUUGGUACGGCUUUGGAUUUGGUCGGUGAGAUGAUUGGAAAAGGAUGUAAGCCUAAUGUUUAUACUUAUACUGUUUUGAUUGAUGGGUUAUGCAGGGAAGGGAAGAUUGAGGAGGGUAAUGGGAUGUUUAGGCAGGUGGUAAAAGGGGGUGUUUAUCCAGGGAUUGUAACAUACAAUGCACUGAUUAAUGGAUAUUGUAAGGAAGGGAAGAUUGUUUCUGCUUUUGAGCUUCUUAGUGUGAUGGAGAAACGAAAUUGCAAGCCUAAUAUCCGUACCUAUAAUGAGCUUAUUGAAGGGUUGUGUAGAGUUAACAAACCUUAUAAAGCAAUGCUCCUUUUGGGGAGGGUUAUCAAUAAUGGCUUAUUGCCUAACAGUGUAACUUAUAAUAUUCUGAUUGAUGGUUUCUGUAGAGAAGGCCAUUUUAACAUGGCUUGCCAGAUAUUUGAAUUGAUGAACUCAUUUGGAGUUGAUCCUGAUGCUUAUAGUUUCACUGCUAUGAUUGAUGGGAUGUCCAAACAAGGGAGACUGAAGCCCGCAAAUGGGCUGUUGUGUAAGAUGAUAAAGAAGGGAAUAGAGCCUGAUGAAGUAACAUUUACUGCACUUAUUGAUGGGUUUUGCAAGAUUGGUAAUACUGGGGAUGCAUCAAAGCUUUUCAAGAUGAUGAUUGCUAAUGGUUGUUUGAAGACUUGUCAUGCAUUCAACUCAAUUCUUCAUGUUCUGAGCAAAGAAUGCAAGUUGGUAGAGGAAUAUGCAUUAUUUGGAAAGAUACUAAAGCAUGGCUUACUUCCUUCUGUUGUGACUUACACAAUAUUAGUAGGUGGACUUUUUCAAGCAGGCAAGGUUGACCAGUCCUUGAGCAUGAUGGAGCUAAUGAAACAAGUUGGCUGCCCUCCAGAUGUGUACACAUACAAUGUCGUGGUUAAUGGCUUGUGUCAAAUUGGAAGAUUUGAGGAUGCAGAGAGAAUGCUGGAUAACAUGUCCGGUAUAGGAGUACCUCCAAAUUAUGUCACAUACACUAUAUUGGUCAAAGCACAUGUUUACGCUGGCAGGUUAGAUUGUGCCCUUGAUAUUAUGUCUAUUAUGGUUAAAAAAGGAUAUCAACCCAACAGUCGUAUCUAUUCCGCUCUUUUAGCAGGAUUCAUUUCAUCAAACAAGGCCAAUAAAGCAGGAGACUCCAGUUUUAUCAGUCUCCUAGAUGUGAGCUCACCACUUACUGCGGAAAAUUAUGAAGAAUUUGUUUCCAGUAAUGUUCUAAAGGAAAUGGAACUUGAGCAUGCGUUUAAGCUCCGGCCUGAAAUCGAGAAAUUCAGUGGGUCCGUCUUGGAAUUUGACAAUUUUCUAAUUACAGGCUUAUGCAAAGUGGGAAGAAUUUUAGAUGCUGAAAAUCUUACCAAAGAUAUAUUGAAACAUGGUUUAUAUCCUGACAAGGCAUGCUUUUCUGUCAUUGAUUGGCAUUCAAAGAACAGCAACUGCAAUGAGUGCCUUGAGUUCCUGGAUCUCAUUGUCAGUCAUGGUUUCCUUCCAUCUUUUCAAUCUUAUUGUUCAGUGAUCCACUGUAUGCGUACCAAAGGAAAGACCAAAGAAGCUCAAAGACUGCUUGCUGACCUCAUGAAAUACAAUAAUAUUGGAGAGGCAAGUGCAGUGUUACCUCAUAUUGAGUUCCUAGUAAACAGUGAUGAACCUGAAAAAUGCACAGAGCUUCUAAAACUGAUUGAGCAAAUGGCUAGCAGGGAGAGGCCAGUCAUCUAGUUUAUGCUCCUUUCCUUCUCCCUUGACAUCAUUGCUUAUCUGAAGUUAGGAACUCCCAGACUAGCUAGAGGAGAAAUACAUUUAAUGGUUAGUCCCAGAUUUUUUGGAUAGCUUGUCAGACUCACCAUAAGAACCAGAUUCACAACAGGAAUACCAGGUGAAAUCUAGAUCAUACUCACAAUUUUUUUUUUCUUUCCAUGUAAAAAGCUUACCCUAAGGUCGUUUUGUAACUACUGAAAGUGAAGCCAUAUGUAUUUAAGUAGGAAUGUAGUUGGGAAAAUUUUUGCUCCCAAUUGGAUCUAAAAUGUAAAGCAAUAUUUGUCAUAUGUCAGACAACAUGGAUAAAUGUUGGUUUAUGUCUAUCCAGAUCUUGGACUCCUCUUAACUCUAUCAAUUAGUAUGAUAUAUGAGGAGUUUCAAUAACUACUAUUUCUCAAUGAAAUGUUUGGAAUACAAUUAACAUUAUUUCAAGUUUCUUUCAAUAAACAUGAAACUUACUGCUUUGGGGGGUUUUCAAUUAUAUAUAUAUAUAUAUAUAUAUAUAUCCGUGUAAAAGGUUUCGCAUCUGAAAAGGUAAUGAUAACUCUUCAAUAAAACUAUGAAAACUACAACUUUCGAGCAACAAAAAUGAGAGUUCAAAUGUUCAAUCCAUACUUAAACAAAAAAAAAAAUGUUCAAUCCAUGAAAAUCACGUGUGAAAACUGGAAAUUUUGAUUAUCGUGUUUUUUAAAAUAGCACUGAUAAAUUCUAGAAAGUAAAAGUAUAUUGCAAACUUGCAAAUCUUUUUUUU